CUCUCUCUCAAUCGCCUCCCUGCACCCUCCAAAGCCCCCCCCCCCUUUCCCUUCUCAAUCUCCAUAUCGUCCUUCGUAAAUCAUGCUUCCCAAUAACUCGCGAAUAAACCAUUUCUCUUCUUUUGGUAGACCUAAUCCCUGCUUAAAUACACCUCUUGUCCUCUAUUUCUCAUUUGUCCCACUCUGGAGAAGAGUCAACAUCUAAAUCAUUGUUGUCUUACUCUACAUGCUCUCUCUCGCUUUCGUUGGGUGUGUAUGUCAGUGGACGAGUGGCGUUAACAUGCAUUGCUAAAUGCUUUAUACAAUUACUAUUGACGUGGCAUCUAGGGACUGCAGCAGACAAGUGUGGUAAUUAUUCAGUGAUUUUGGGAUAGUUUUUCCGAUACUUGCUCGUUAUUGGAAACUAUAUGUCAUACCAGAGUAUAUUCAUGGCAUUGUUAUCUUGUGAUUAUAUAGAGGAAUAACUCUCCUGGCUGAUAUGCAAUCUAGACAUAUUUCUCAUAUAACCCAUCAGAAGGUCCUAGAUUCGAAUCGCUUGUGAACGAAGAUGAAGGACGCCACGCAGACCAAAAUCAUCAUCCUCCUCUCUUUCGUGCUCAUAGCCAUAUCGGUCAUGAUCACCAUUGAAACACAACGCAAGGCGAACGCCCUGGUCGAACUCAACACCGACCUCCAGGAACGCCUUGCAGCCGUGGCAAACGACCGCGAGCUCAUCGGCGACGAGCUUAAGAAGCUCGCCGACCGCUUCAAGAUCAUCACCGAAGCCAAGAGCAACAGUGAUACAUUGGUCAAGCAGAAAGAGGAAGAGGUAGCAAAUAUAAGGAAAGAACAUGAAGAAGAGAAGAAAUUAACAGAUCAGACUGUGAUUGAAAAAGACGAAAAGAUUAAGGAAUUAACGACAAACAUAGAAAAGAAAGAGACCGAGAUAGAUAGUGUGAGAAGUGAAUUACAAACUGCGCACGAUGAAGCAAAUAAAGCAAAAGAAGACCAGCAAAACGCAGAAAACAGAGUGCAUGAACUGGAAGAGCAAAGUGCCAAUUUACGGAGUCAAGUCGAGAAGUUAAACGCAGAUGUAGCGGCGGCACAGGCAAAUCAGCAACCACAAGCACAGCAACCUCAAGCCCAGCCACAACAGCAGCAACAAGCUGGGAAGGAGGCUGCUCAACCACAGCAGCAACAACCACAACAACAACAGCAACCACAAGCCCAACAAAAAUCUUAAACCCAUGGGGGCGGCGCCAGUGUAAUGAUGGGGCAUCUGAUAUUGACGUCCUUUUUUCUCCGCAUGGUAUUAUAAAAUUCCACGACCAGUGCUUCUAUUUCCAAUUCUCUUUCUAGACUUGUCUUUACUUUUCUUAAUAUUUUUUUUAAUUACUUGAAAGACCGAAUGGAUAUACUUUGAUUGGCGCUGCCCCCUCGACGUUCAAUCAACUGGUUACAUGGACAGUCAGUAUCUCUCAACAUUAUCAUGUAAUAAAUUAUCAAAUCUAAUGUAUAUCAUUUAUUAAAUAUCAGUAUAGACAAUUAUAUAUUUUGUGUGCAUAUUUGCAUUUACAUAUAUCUUGCUGAGUCUGUUUAAAUAUUGCAACAACUAUUGGCAUCGAUUUGACCUGCGACACAAAAGCAUGGAAUGCUUAGAAAUAAAGUUGCAUAUCGAGCUGAUUAUAAUCAUUCUAUAGGAAAUGUGGAUAUCAAAAUAGGGUAGGACCAUAGAGAUGUAUGGGUAGUACACUUUUCGUUGACUGAUCCAAUUUAAAGGAGGUAGUCCAACUUGACGUAAAGUUUGUAUUUAAAUGCCAAUAAUAGCAAAGUUUACAGGAUUUUUAUUCGCCAAAACUUCAUUCAUAUUUUUAUUUUAUCUGUUUUAUGAACCAAAAUAGUCGUCGGUGUGGACAUUCACUGUACUUGUAAUGCACUUAUAACUGAGUAUGCCUUAAUUCAAUCGCAUUACUCUUCUUCGAGUUUCAACGGAAAAUACGUCAUUUUCUUGUAGAACGUGUUGAAUAUUUUUCUGAGCAAGCACUAAAAAAAAUUGUGAUAUCGUGUGUUUGUUUGUUAACUUAUGGAUAUAAGGGUGCGUAUGAUAAAAUUAUUUUCGUAAUAUUCUUUGAUAAUUUAUGGUGAUGUAUCGAUUUGUAAGUAUAUUUAUCUGAUGUGUCAUAUAAAAUAUUGGAUUUAAUACUGUAUGCUUCUAAACGGCCCGGCUAAAUGGUCUAUAUGUUUUGAUAUAACUGUAUUUCAAACAUUGUUUUCUCGUAACCGUUGUAUCAUUGAUACAGGCAUUCAUCGUGGAAAUGGAUGACAAAUGUCCAUCAAUAAAAAAAAAUAUAUAGCAAAUUGGUUCAUAUUUUUAAUUAUGCUCUUCUCUGUUAUUAUAAAUCGUUGACUGAAUUUCAGUGAAAUUUUCAAAGUUUAAUCUCCUUGAAAUAAGAUGCCUUAACAGAUUUUGAUGCCUUCCUAUUUUUUUAAAUCUAAAUCUUUCUGCAAUAGAAAACAAACAUACAUUUUCGUGUUAUUGAUAUAGAUGAUAUUGUCUUUCAAUCUGUUGUCUUCCAUGUGAUAUGUAUCACUAUAGUUUUUCUAAGGAAUGCAGUAUACUCAGCAUAUACGUGGAGGGCUGGGGGCACCGUCCUAAAAAAUCCACUAGGAACAAAAAGAGAGAAAAUGAAAGGAAAAAGAGGAGUGAAAUAUCAUACUCUCUUCUACACUUAUGUAAACUUACAUGUAUAUAGUAUUCAUUUUGAAAUUAUGACAAUGUUUGCGUCGAUCAUAAACUGUAUUGUGUAUACCCCUCAAAUUUUGACUCAUUGCGCCACUAGGUAUAAGACUGAUUAAAUUUUGACUUAAAAAAAGAAAGUGAUAACAAUCAGGAAAAACAGAAGAUGUGUGCCUUUUAUUAUUAAGGGAUAUACACUUUCAGCUUCCGACAUUAUAUGGGAGGUUUAUAGUAUCGCAUUCAUCAAUAUUUUUAUCUUUGUAUUAUAGGCCUACUGAGAAUAGUGUUGGAUCUUGCUGUUUGUGGUAUCAAAAGAAGUUAUGACCUAAGAUACUGUAUCAAAACGUAGGCCUAUAUUUAUGUGAUAUUGUGUGCUAAAUAAUAUUACAAUAAUACAAACGAUAUUGUACCUUGAA